AUGGCAUCAUUUCAGCAUAAUAACGAAUGCAGCUAAUUGAAUUCCUCAAAUGAAGUUAAUAUAAACAUAGAAAUUAUUAAAGGAAAAUUAUAUUGGAUAAGUAGUAUGUUUCCUCCUACAGAUGUCCACUAUUUUAAUAUAGAUAAUAAACUUAAAUAUUUAAAGUACUAUAAAGAUUUUGGCCCAGUUUGCACUGCAAACAUCGUCAACUUUUGCAGAGUUGUGAAGAGAUAUUUAUUCUAAGAUUAAAAUUAUAAAGAUAAGCCUUUAUUCUUUCAUUCUAGUAAUGAAAAAGAAAAGCAAUCAAAUGCUGCACUCUUGAUAAGUGCCUUUCAAGUUAUUGUGCUUAACUAAUCAGUAGAAAAUGUUUGGGAUAAAAUCAAAGAUUUAGAUUUGCUAUCAUUUAGAGAUGCAAGCUAUAAUGAAGUUUGCAAUUAUCAGUGUACUAUACUUGACUGUUUGAAAGCAAUUAAGAGAGCAAUAGAUCUUGGAUGGUUCAAUGUAGAGACAUUUAAUAUAAAAGAAUAUGAAAAGCUUGAAGACUAAGAGAGUGGAAACAUUAGUGUCAUAAUACCAAACAAAAUUGUGGCAUUAAGAGGACCUGUUAGUGAAAAAAAUAAUGAAUAAAAUUAAAUAAAAACUAGAUAUUAUCGAAUCAAUCCAGAGCAGCUAAUUCCAUAAUUAAAAUUUAUUAAGGUAUAGACCAUUGUCAGAUGUAAUUCUCCAGAGGAAUAUGAUAAAUUUAUUUUUGCACCACAUAACAUAGAUCAUUUUGACAUUCCUUUUCCUGAUGGAAGCUGUCCAAAAGAUGAUAUAAUCAAAUCAUUUAUUGAAAUUGUUGAUAAUUCGAAUGGUGUGGUUGGUGUACAUUGUAAAGCUGGAUUAGGUAGAACAGGUACUUUAAUAGCCUGCUAUGCAAUAUAAAAAUAUAAUUUUCCUGCUAGAGAAAUUAUUGCAUGGAUCAGACUUUGUAGAAGUGGAAGUAUUUUAGGAAAGUAAUAAUAAUUCUUAUUGCAUUAUGAAUAAAUUUUGAAAGAGUAAGGAAUCUUUAAACAAGAAAAUUCUUCAGAUUCAAGUGACAUAGAAAGUUAAAAAAGUGGAAUAGAAUAAGUUUUAUCAGAGAAAUAAGUAAAUAACAGUGCUAAUGUCUAAGAAUAGUAACUUAAACAAUAAAACUAGAAAGACAAAAGCCAGAACAAUAAAAAAAUAAAUAUAUGGAGCUGCUUUGGAGGUAUUUUUAAAAAGAAAAAUUAAGAAAAAACCAAAAUAAAUAUGGAUAACAUAGACUUCUAUAAAGAGGAGCCUAAUUAAGCAGAAAAAUUAAUCGAACUUCAAAAUAAAGCUCUUUCCAAAAAAGAAAGUUAGAGAAAGAAAUGA